CUCUCCCCCGUUACCUUGGCAUCCCUUAACUCCGCACCUUGACUACCAUGGCUAGUCGUAGUAGCACUAGGCUUUUGGCUCUUGCCCUCAUUGUCCUCCUAAGCGUUGGGCUCACUUCUGCCGCUAGAUCCCUCACCGGAAUCAGCGGUGGAGGUGGCGGUGGAAGUGGUGGUGGUGGCGGCUUUGGCGGUGGUUCUGGGUCUGGUUACGGUAAGGGAUAUGGUGAGGGAUACGGUGAGGGUGCUGGCGGAGGAGUUGGUGGAGGAUACGGGAAGGGAGGUGGUGGUGGCGGAGGUGGUGGAAAAGGCGGUGGCGAGGGCGAGGGCACUGGGUCCGGGUAUGGCUCUGGUUCGGGCUACGGGUCCGGUGCUGGUGGUGGUGCACAUGGUGGAGGCUACGGGAGUGGCGGAGGUGGUGGUGCUGGCGGCGGCUCCGGCGGAGGGCAUGGAAGCGGGAGUGGAUCGGGAUAUGGCUCAGGAGGUGGUUCCGGGUAUGGUGCUGGCGGUGCCCAUGGCGGAGGCUAUGGCAGUGGCGGCGGCGGUGGAGGCGGCGGCGGGUCCGGCAGUGGCUCCGGCUCCGGCUAUGGGCACGGUUACGGUUCCGGCUAUGGAAGUGGUGGGGGUGGAAACUGACACUCCUAGAGGAAAAUCCCUACCUUAUAAUAUGCCUUGCAUAAUGGGUCCAUAACGUGCUCUUGAUGUAGUUAAGAAUAAAUUUGCGCUUGUAUGCCUACUAGUGUAUGGAACGCAGCUUUCUUGCUUAAAUAAUAACUAAAGAAAAGUUUAUAGUA